GUACUAGGCAAUCUCACAUUGGAGGAGGGGAGAAAAAUUAUUUGCACUUAACACUGUAUAAUACGAUGCCGUUCUAGAUGGUCAAAGGCACUACUAAAAAAAAUCUACAAAAACAAACAAGCAUCUAUGUCCACUACCUCAAACUCUUUUUCACUUUAAGCCCAUUCAAAAAUUAAUUUCUCUAUUUUUUCUCAAAUCAGUUAAGGUAGAAAAAGUGUUGUUUUGGCUAUGGCUAAAGUAGCUUCUACUUCCAUUGGACUACAUAGAGUGAAGCCCUUUCAUUUUAGACCCCAGCAAACUACUUUGCACUUUGUAAAACUUUCCACUAAUCAACUGAACAAUCUUGGAAAAUAUCAAAGAUUAUACUGCCAAACAGACCCUAAAACAGGAGAUUGCUGCCAACAAAACUCUGAAUCUGCAGUAAAGGAGAAGUCCUCAAUAGAGCCAGGUGUUGACACUGAGAUUAGUAAAGCUGAAGUCUCUCCUCCCUCUACCGGUCCUGCAUAUCCGACCAGAGACUUUAAUAGGCGGGUAGCACUAGUGUCUGUCCUCGCAGCAGUAGGACUGUUCUCUUCACAAAGACUAGAUGUAGGUGUUUCUUUGAAGGAUAUCACGGCUGCAGCACUGCCAUAUGAAGAGGCGCUUUCCAAUGGAAAGCCUACUGUUGUAGAAUUUUAUGCCGAUUGGUGUGAAGUUUGUCGAGAAUUAGCUCCAGAUGUCUAUAAAGUUGAACAGCAGUACAAGGACCGCGUGAAUUUUGUUAUGUUGAAUGUGGAUAACACGAAGUGGGAACAAGAACUUGAUGAGUUUGGAGUUGAGGGCAUACCCCAUUUUGCAUUCCUGGAUAAAGAUGGAAAUGAGGAAGGUAAUGUCGUUGGCCGCCUUCCAAAACAGUAUUUGCUUGAGAACGUGGACGCCCUUGCACGAGGAAAAGAAUCAAUACCUUAUUCUCGCGCUGUGGGACAAUAUACAAGUGCUGAAUCGCGCAAGGUCCAUCAGGUUUCUGACCCGAGAAGUCAUGGUUAGAACUCAGGCGCGCGUACCCGGAUCUAUUGCUCAAACCGUCAUUUUUCUUGCAAGACUUAAUAUGCAUUGAGAAAGGAGUGACAAGUACCACUUGCUAGUUUGUAAAUUUGGCACUAUUUUUGCACACUUCAUUGUAUAUGAGAGUAUGCAGAGUGCUGUAUAUUGCACAAGUGACCCAUUUCUUUAUAGCCAACUCCACAGGUUAGUUUA